CCAGCCGGGCAGCUCCUGUGCACGGAGAUAGAAGCAGGCAGGUGGCCCGGCCAGCGCGAUUAGCGAUUAGCACGUUCUCCCGUCGAUUAGCAGGGUCUGCCCGGAGCUGGGUUGCCGGCUGCUCGGGGCCAGACAGAGCGUGAGGUCGCGGGAAGCUAGGGUGGGGGUUCUGCGAGAAGCCCUGCUUGCGGCUGGGUACUUCCCGCAGGCGGAUUUCGGACGCGCAGCCCGGGGGUGCGGGCAGCUGGUGGAGCAGCUGCCAUGGGGCUGUGCUGCUGCAAGGACUGGAGAGGACACCUGGGAGCACCCAAAGAUGCCGUGGAGCGGGAGAAGAUGCCGGCCAACCCUGAGGUGCUCCUGCUCAUGGCCAGUUCUCAACGUGACAUGGAGGACUGGGUGCAGGCCAUCCGCCGGGUCAUCUGGGCCCCAUUUGGUGGAGGGGUCUUUGGGCAGCACCUGGAGGACACAGUCCACCUUGAGCAGAAGUAUGGACCCCGCCUGGCCCCUUUGCUGGUGGAACAGUGUGUGGACUUCAUCCGGGAGCACGGGCUUACUGAGGAGGGGCUCUUCCGCAUGCCAGGCCAGGCCAACCUGGUGAGGGACCUGCAGGACUCCUUUGACUGUGGGGAGAAGCCACUGUUUGACAGCACCACAGAUGUGCACACGGUGGCCUCUCUGUUGAAGCUGUACCUGCGGGAGCUGCCCGAGCCUGUAGUCCCUUUCGCCAGGUAUGAGGACUUCCUCAGCUGCGCCCAGCUGCUCACCAAGGACGAGGGGGAGGGGACUCUGGAGUUGGCUAAACAAGUGAGCAGCCUUCCCCUGGCCAAUUAUAACCUGCUCAGGUAUAUCUGCAAGUUUCUAGAUGAAGUUCAGUCCCACUCAAAUGUCAACAAGAUGAGCGUCCAAAACCUGGCAACCGUUUUUGGACCUAAUAUACUUCGGCCACAGAUAGAAGACCCAGUAACCAUCAUGGAAGGCACUUCCCUUGUUCAGCACCUGAUGACUGUCUUGAUCCGCAAACACAGCCAGCUCUUCACUGCAAGGACCACUGAAGGGCCAGCCUCCCCCCAUGGGAGCCCACCUUGCACAGUGGAGUGGGCUCCGAGGAGGUCACCAGGGACAGCCAGGGGAGAGCCCAGGAGCCCCAGAGCCCCUGGCCUACCCUCACAUAGGAGGACCUCAUCUCUGGAUGGGGCCACUGUGGCUGCACUGUCUAGAAACUCUCCCCUGGGCCCAGGUAGCCACUCUGGCCUGACCACCAGCAGUCCUGGGAAGAGGAUGCAGACUCUGCCUAGUUGGAAGUCUUCUUUUCGGCAGUCAGGGUCCCGGUCAGGGAGCCCGAAAGCAGGCAGCUCAUCCCUGGAGAUGCCCAUAAUCUCCUCUGGCAGAAACUGGUUCAUGAAUGGGUUGUCCUCCUUGCGUAGCCACCACGGGGCUUCCUCAGGAGACAGGCUCAAGGACUUGAGCACCUCACAGAGACUCUCCACCUAUGACAACGUGCCGGCAGCCAGCCUCUUCCCCAGCACUCCCAGCAUGUCCAGCUCAGCGUGGUCGGGGGCCUCCUCCUUUGAGGCCUCUGCUGGGGGCUCCAUCAGCAGCUGCACAGCCUGCCGGGCCAGCGACUCCUCUGCCUGCAGCUCCCUGCUCACCGAGGGGGCCUCAGAACCCUCCCCCUUCCCCAGCAGCAGUGAGGACCACAGAUCCCCAGACCUGGGCCACAGCCUGGAUGAGGUGGGCCUCUGCCCCAGCAGCAGCGAGCCCAGCGACCCAGGCAGCCUGGCCCAGGACCGUGCCCACUACUCCACGACUCUGCAGGGCCUGGUCACAGAGCUCAGGGCAGAGCUAUGCCAACAGAGGACUGAGUACGAGACAAGUGUGAAAAGACUUGAAGGAGGUACUGCCAACCUGCGGAAACAAAUGUUGCAGCUAGAGGAAGAACUGGACCAGGAAAAGAAAAGGUACACCAUGCUGGAAAUCAAGCUGAGGAACUCAGAGCGGGCACGGGAAGAUGCGGAGAGGAGGAACCGGCUGCUGCAGCAGGAGAUGGAAGAGUUUUUUUCAACCCUGGGAAGCCUAACUGUUGGGGCAAAAGGUGCCAGAACCCCAAAGUAAAAGAGUUUGUUUCUGCUGUGCUUCUCGCCCUCCUCUCAGCAGAGUCCCUGGCCUGAACUGUAAGGAGCCCGAGGCCCCUGCAGUGUGGACCCUGCCUCAGUGCCUGAGCUCGCUGGAGAGAGGAAUCCUGACAUCUGGGCAGGGGAUGGCUGGAAGCCUGGGCCCCUCAUGGGAUCUGGAUGCUGCUGCUAGGGCCCUGCAGGGCCUAGCAGGUGUCAGAGGGGAUAGUCCCUUGGUCACCAAAAGAGAUAGCACUGGAAUUCAAGUAGCCCACCCAGGAACAUUUCGCAUUAUUAAAUUUUCUCUAAAAGCAUGA